AAGGAAUACGAUCCAACACCAACAUCAAGAAUCACGAGGAGGGCGCUUGAGUUACCAACACACGGCGGCACGUAUUAUUCACUUCUAAGGUAUACACAGAGAGAAAGCGGAACAAAUACAUACAGCAUGGCCACAAGUACUGCUGCUCCUUAUUUGGCGCUAUUGGGGGAACAGGAUUCAGAGCUCAAGAAGUAUGCGCUCCAGGGAAUCAACGGCGUUGUUGAUGAGUUCUGGUCCGAGGUGGCGAACGACAUUCUAACGAUCGAGGAGAUCUACGAGGAUGAGUCUUUUACGGAGCGUAAGCUGGCGGCGUUGAUUGCAUCGAAGGUUUACUACAACUUGGGGGAUUUCGAAACCUCUGUGAAGUUUGCCCUCGUUGCUGGUGAAGAGUUCAACAUCAACGAGGACUCCCAAUUCGUUGAAACCAUAACGUCAAAGGCAAUUGAUCAGUACAUUGCGCUGAAAAGACGUGAAUUCGAGAGCGAAUCUGUGGAGAUUCCACAGCAGUUGGAGAACAUUUUUGAAGCAAUGCUUGCAAAGGCUACAAAAGCCCAUGAUUUGAAACUCGUUGUCGGUAUUGCACUUGAUGCCUACAGACUGGACAUUGUUGAGAAAGUCAUCAACAGUGAGCUGAGCAAUGAAGACAGCGUCCUGGCUCUCAUUGGGUAUGCAUUGAACAUUGCAACGUCUAUUAUCGACAGCACAACUUUCAGAACCCAAAUCUUGAAUUCACUGGUAAAGAUCCUCACCGGGUUGAAAUCUCCAGAUUUUUUCAUUGUGUCCAAGAUCAUUGUGAACUUGAAUGACGAUAAACUCGCCACCCACUUGUUUACAAAUCUUCUGGAAUCUAAAGAUACGAAUUCGAGACUCAUUGCAUACCAAGUUGCAUUUGAUUUAGUUAAUUCUGCCUCCCAGGAGCUACUUGAUAAGGCCAUUGUCGCUUUGGAGAAAUUCAACAAGGAUGGUGAAGAUAUUGUUAUUUCAAAGAUAACCAAGAUCCUUUCUGGUAUUCCAACUUGUGACUUCGAUAUUACAUUCUUGCACAAGAAUAAUAACACAGACAUUCAAAUCUUGAACAAAGCGAAGGAAUCUCUCGACGGAAGAAAUUCCAUCUUCCACUCGGCAAUUACAUUUGAAAAUGCCUUUUUGCAUGCUGGAACUACAGACGAUUCAUGGAUUAGAUCCAACUUGGAAUGGUUGGGAAAGGCUACAAACUGGUCAAAGUUCAGUGCAACCGCGGCAUUGGGUGUUAUUCACAAGGGUAACUUGUCCUUGGGAAGAAAAAUCUUACAACCGUACUUGCCAGGAAGUUCCGGUUCCAAUUUCACAAAGGGUGGUUCCUUGUAUGCUCUUGGGUUGAUCUUUGCUGGCCACGGUAGAGAAACUAUUGAGUACUUGAGAAAACACAUUGUAGAAAAUGGUUCAUCCGCAGGCACUGAGGAUGUAGACCUGCUCUUGCACGGUGCUGCAUUGGGUGUUGGUGUUGCUGGUAUGGGAUCAGGUAAUGAAGAGAUUUACGAAGAGUUAAAAGUUGUAUUGUACUCAGAUUCAGCAACUUCCGGAGAAGCUGCUGCUAUGGGUAUGGGUCUUGUGAUGCUGGGAUCUGGAAAUGAGGCUGCUCAAGAGGACAUGUUGGCUUAUGCUGAAGAAACACAACACGAAAACAUUAUUCGUGGUUUAGCCGUGGGUCUUGCCUUGUUAAACUAUGGCCGCGAGGAGAAAGCAGAUGAUAUCAUCAACAAGUUGUUGGAACACCAAGAUCCAAUAUUGCGUUUUGGUGGUGCCUACAACAUUGCGUUAGCAUAUGCUGGUACCGGUAACAACAAAGCUAUUAAGAAGUUACUUCAUGUCGCAGUUUCAGAUUCUAACGACAAUGUUAGAAGAGCAUCCGUUAUUGCAUUAGGUUUUGUUCUUAUCCGUGAUUAUCAAACUGUUCCAAGAAUCGUUGAAUUACUCUCGGAAUCCCAUAAUCCUCAUGUGCGUUACGGUACUGCAAUGGCGUUGGGUAUCUCAUGCGCCGGCCGUGGAUUACCACAAGCUGUUGAGGUUUUGAUGCCAUUGACCAAGGAUCCAGUUGAUUUUGUUCGUCAAGGUGCCCUUAUUGCUUUGGCCAUGAUAUUAAUUCAACAAAAUGAGAAGAGCUACCCUAAAGUCAAAGAAGUUCGUGAGCUCUAUGCGUCAAUGGUUGGUAGUAAAACACAAGAUGCGUUGGCAAAGUUCGGCGCUGCUCUCUCACAAGGAAUAAUAGAUGCGGGCGGUCGUAACGUUACAAUUCAGUUAGAGAACAGUGCCACCGGUACCUUGAACACCAAAGCUAUUGUUGGAUUGGCCGUUUUCACACAGUUUUGGUAUUGGUUCCCAUACACACACUUUUUAUCGUUGGCCUUCACACCAACUUCUAUAAUUGGUGUUCGAGAAGAUUUAAAGAUUCCAGAGUUUGAAAUUCAAUGUCAUGCAAAGAAUUACUUCUUUGAUUACCCUCCAAAGAUUAAGGAGGAGAAGGGCCUUGUAUAUGAGAAGGUUGAAUCCGCUGUUCUCUCCACCACUGCAAAGGCUAAGGCCAGAGCUAAGAAAUCCAAUAAGGACAAGGAUGAUGAGAUGGACAUUGAUGAGAAACCAAAAGCAGAUGAAAAACCAAAGGAGGAGGAGAAGACGGAAGAAGAGGAGGAAGAUACCACCAUCAAGUACUGCAAGACACCGUACAAGCUCAACAAUGCUACCAGGGUUUUACCAACACAACUGAAAUACAUUUCUUUCAGCAAGGAUGCAAGAUUUGUGCCUGUGCGUAAAUUCAGAGGCAACGGAGGUGUUGUUGUGUUGGUGGAUAGAACCCCAGAGGAACCAGUCAAAGUCAUCAAAACUGUUCGACAACUAAACAACAAGGAUGCUCCAUUACCAAAGCCAUUCAAGUUGGAACCGACAGAGGCUGAUGAGUAAAACCGUUGAAUCAAUCAAAUAACCGACAAAAUCAAAGUAAAACCAAUGCUACUAGUUAGACUGAACUUCUACAAAUUGUAAAUUCUAUAAAAGUAUUCCGUUGA